AUGAAGAAGGCGGCGGUGAGAGCGGCGCUGGUAUCGGCUAAUACUGAUUUGGAUCCGGGUUUGGCGCCUGAUGUGGUCGAUAUUUGUAAAAAGGAAGAGGCUAGGAUAAAGAAAAAUCCGAAUAUGAAGCCGAAGAAGAGUGCUCUUAAAGCUGAGUGAGUUUGAGAUUUUUUUAAAUUUGGCGAAGUGUCACAUAUUGAUUUUUGCACGAAAUGUCAAAAAAUUAAAUAUUGAUUUUUAUAAAACUUGCAAAUCAAAAAAAUCUUCAAUUUUUUAGUUAACGAAAUGUUGCAUUUUUAAUUUUAUUAAUAACGAAAUGUCACAAACAGAUUUUUGACAAAAUGUCAAAAAAUUAAAUAUUGAUUUUUUCAAAAAAUUUACAAAUUUAAAAAAAUUAAAUUUAUUGUUAGUUAAAUUAACGAAAUGCCACAUUGGAAAUUAAAAAUUUAUUUUUAAGUUAACGAAAUGUCACAAGUUGAGUUUUGACGAAAUGUCAAAAACUCAACUAUUGAUUUUUGCAAGUUAACAAACUUUUGUUUACACAUUUAUUUAUUUAUUUUGCAACGUUUAAUAAUAUGAAAACAUAAUGACACAUUAAAAUUUGAUGGUUUAAAACUAAAUUUUAAAAUUUUUACAGUUCCAAACCCACAAAGUCCAAUCGAAUCAAAAUUGACGAAGAAGCUCAAGACAUUCCAAUCAUUGCUGACAGAAACCCAGACCUUCUAAUUCAUGUACCAAAUGCACCACCCGUGAAUAACUACCAGUCAUUGGCGGCCUUGGCUAAAGAAACCCAGAAAUAA